UAAACGAUCGCUCGUUUUAAUCCAGAGACCGCUUGCGUGCUGCGUCGAAGGACCGGAUGGGUACCCUUGCGCCGGACUUCGCCUCCGCCUUCCCCGUCGCUACCUCCUCCCACGCCGCCGGGCGCAGCCUGCGGACCACGACCCAGGCUUUUCCAGGCAAUUACAUGGUAAAAUCUCGUAAUUUUGCUCUCAUGACUGGUGCAGCCGCUGGUACAUCUUGCAUCACAAAGAAAACAAGCUUUGAGGUUGUUCAGACUAGGCUAUCAUGCAGGUGGCAGCAACAGAGUCCAUCAUCCAAGAGGAGGAUGGUUUGUUAUGCAGAAGAAACCAGCAAGAGACAGGUUGAUGAUUCCACUACUGGGAUUCAGCUCUACUCUCAAAUUGAAAGAUUAAUUACUGAAACAGCAAGGCAGUCACAAGAUGCUUGGGGUGGUUCUGGAGAUUGGAGUGAGAUUGAGGGUGCAUGGGUGCUUAAACCGAAAUCCAGAACUCCAAAAGCGGUUGUUCAUUUUGUUGGUGGUAUUUUCGUUGGAGCUGCCCCGCAGCUUACAUACCGCCUUUUCCUUGAGCGUCUCUCCACAAGGGGGGCUUUGGUGGUUGCAACACCUUUUGCUAGCGGUUUUGAUCACUUUUUAAUUGCAGAUGAAGUACAAUUCAAGUUUGAUAGAUGCAUUAGAUUUUUACAAGACAGCGUAAAUGAUCUUCCAACAUUUGGUGUUGGUCAUUCUUUGGGAUCUGUUAUUCAUCUUCUCAUAGGAUCAAGAUAUGCCAUUCAGAGAUGUGGGAAUAUAUUGAUGGCUUUCAAUAACAAGGAAGCAAGUUCAGCCAUUCCCUUGUUUUCUCCUGUCAUUGUCCCAAUGGCUCAAAGUUUUGGUCCUCUUCUAUCUCAGCUCACAUCAUCUCCAUCACUUCGUCGUGGAGCAGAAAUGGCUAUGAAGCAGCUUGGGAAUCUUAGUCCUCCAAUUAUGAAGCAAGUUCUUCCUUUAGUUGAGCAACUUCCUCCAUUGUAUAUGGAUUUGGUCAACGGAAGAGAAGAUUUCAGUCCAAAACCGGAGGAGACACGUCGUUUGGUAAAGUCUUAUUAUGGUGUUUCAAGGAACCUCCUAAUAAAGUUUAAAGAUGACACUAUCGAUGAAACUCCAACGCUAGCACAAUUACUGAGUGGAGGAUCUGCCAUUAGCUCACAACUGGACAUGUCAGUUCGACUAAUGCCUGGAGAUCAUGGACUCCCAUUACAACAGGUCCUCCCAGAUAUCCCACCCACAAUGGCGGACGCCGUAAACCGAGGGGGUGAGAUCCUAUCGAACCUGACGGUCGGAACGCCAUGGGAAGCCGUCGCGAGAGAAGUAGGCAAUACAUUGGGCACAGACUCGGGGAUCGUGAGGGCACAAAUAUCCAAGGAUAUUGAUGCCCUCGUGGAUCUGAUGACAUCAUGGAUGGACUCGAACUCUGGCCCGAGACUUAUUCGACCCUGAGCACAGUAGGAAAAAAAGAAAAGAAGGUAAUGAAUACACUAAGGAACAAAAAGCAACGAGCAAAGGGUAACGUCUUGGCGUACUUACUUACAUAUACAUGUACAUACAAAUUGGACGCUACGUACUGCUAGUUGCAUGUAACAUGUAUUUCGACUGUUAUUAACUGGACAAACGACUGCUGCUAUA